AUGUUGAUAUUAACGACGACGUCAGUACUAAAUACACAAGGUUUUCGAACGAUUGAAGAUUGUUUUUAUGAAAAAUUACUUGGUACUUCGUUACAAGGUCAUAACUAUAUGCACGAACGAUGGCGUGAUGAAUAUGAUUGUUUUUAUAAAUGUUUACAUCAGUCAAACUCAAAUUAUAUGUGUAAAUCAUUUGAGUAUUGGUUUGGAAAUGAUAAAACGAGUUUGUGUGUACAAGCAAACAUUAGUAUUACGGAAUCAACACAAUUAAUGGAAAAAAAUUCAUUUGUUAAUUAUUAUGAAAUUAAUUGUUUAAAAGAUAUUAAAGCUGUUCGUCCCGUAUCAAUCUUAUGUCCCGGUGAUCAAUUGGAAUUAACUGUUGCUUUAAACGGUAUUGAUGCAAAUUAUCUUUAUCUUGGUGAUAUUUGUAAACCAUCAUGGAGUAAUCAAUCACAUGCAUUUUUCUCAACAAAUAUUGAUCAUUGUUCAUUGAUUUUAACCAAGAGUGAAAUUCGUGGUAAAUUAUGUUGGGAUUCUGUUUAUGAUCAAACAACAACUAAAAAAUAUGAACGAUAUUUUACAUGUUCAUCAGAUAUUCAUCGAAUUCGAACUUACUCUUCAACAUCAUCAUCUUUUAUUCAUACCACAACGCCAAUAUUUUCUAAUGGCAACGAUAGAGAAUUUUCACCAUCAAGCAAAAUAUCUUUAUUAACAGCAAUUAAAAAUCAUUCUCAUCAAUGUAAAAUAUCAUGUACAAUUUCUAUAUUUUCUUCACUCCACGUAAUAAUCGAAGCAGAUUAUAUUUCAUCUCAAUCUGAUGAAAUUUUAAAUGAAAAAUAUUCUGAUUAUCAUUUAUGGAUUGAAUCAUGUGAUCUAUUACCAUUAUCACCUUAUACAAACUAUAUCCAUCCUCAACGAUUGAUAUUCAGAAAUUGUCCAACUGAUCCAAAUCUAAUAUUUCUUGGUAAUAAUACGUUACAAUCGUUUUCAUUUAAUUUUAAUGUUAAUUCAAUUUUAAAAGAGUCUGUACUUGUCUAUAUUCAAUGUCAAAUAUUAUUAUAUGAUGAUACAUUAGUAAUUAAUGAUCAUUUUGAUAAAGUAAAUAAUGGUUGUACACAUCAUCUUUCACAUCGUUUAAAAUUAUUUUUAAAUCAUAAACAACAACAAUAUCAUCAUCGAUACGAUAUUAAUGAUCGAUUUUAUUCAUUUUAUAAUUUAACUAAAUCUCAUACAGAUAAAGUAAAAUAUAGUCAAAAAUUAAAAUUAUAUAAUUCUAGUCAUUUCUAUACAAGUCUAUUAUCAUCAAUGCCAACAGAUAGUACUAUGAUAUCUAUGAAUGGAGUAUCAUCGUUAUUCAUUAUACCGUCCAAUAUUGUUAUUCUAAUGUUUAUAUUCUGUACAAUUAUUAUAAAUGUCUAA